AUGCGCUUCUUCGCUAUUACCACUUUGCUCACUGCCCUUGCAGUCGCCUCUCCCAUCAUCGACAUGGUUGAGCGUCGAGGCGACAAGCCUAAUUCAAAGGAAGUCCGCGUUGAGAAAGUAACCUGGGCUGGUACCGGAUGCCCACCAGGAAGCGUAGUCCAUGACAUCGGCGAAAAUGCUAGUGUUGUGUCUCUCAGCUUUAGCGAGUACGUUGCCGGAACCGGCACUGGCAUGAAGGCCACGGACGCGCGCAAGAAUUGCAAUGUGCGCAUGACCAUGAGCUACCCAGAGGGAUGGAGCUACACCGUAGCCAGCACGAUUCUGCGCGGCUGGGCGCAGAUUCCGAAGGAUUGCAGCGCUAAUCUAGGCGCAACGUACUUCUUCAGCGGCGAGAAGGACGAUGCAUUCUGCCAGUCCACCUUCAAGGGCCCCUUAGCGGAGAACUACAAGCACUCGGCCGAAGUUGAUACCCUUGUGUGGUCCAAGUGUGGCAAGAAGGACAAGGAAGGUCCAAUGUUCAAUGUCAAUUCUCAAGCUAGCGUGUCUUGCAAGAAGGACGCUUUGUUAGGCGUCGACACCCAGGAUACUAAGUUUGAGAUGAAGAUGCUUCUGCAGUGGAAGAAGUGCUAG